CUUAAUUAGAAGUUGAUGAACCACUUGGUGUUUAGUUCGGUGGUGCGAGGCUUGCUAAAUAGUGGAAGUGACAGCAGGUAUAUCUCGACGGCCACGGCAGCAACGACGGCUGAUAUUUUGAAGCCGACGGAAAUUUGGACGGAGCUUAGGAGCCGAAAUGGCUCGUUGUUUGGUGUGUUUUAUUGGAGAAGGAUGAUGAGCACAUCGGCGGAGACCAAUUUGACUGAGAAGGACGCGAAGCAAGCGGAGAUGGAAGCGGAAUCGGUGAAGACGAUUAACGAUGCGGUCAUUUCGAGUUACUGGGGCAUCUCGAGGCCUAAGAUCUUGAGAGAAGAUGGUACUGAGUGGCCAUGGAAUUGCUUCAUGCCAUGGGAGACUUACCAGUCCAACACAUCAAUUGAUCUGACAAAGCAUCAUGUGCCAAAGACAUUUCUCGAUAAGUUUGCGUACAGGACAGUGAAACUGCUUCGAGUCCUGGUUUGUUUAUUAGAUUUUUGUGUAAAAUUGUCUGGUUCAUUGAAUAAAUUUAUCAAACAUAUUGCAGAAACGGUAUGGCUGCCACGCCAUGAUGUGAUAAACUGUGGCUGCUGUGCCUGGCAUGGUAGGAGGGAUGCUGCUGCACUUGAGGUCUCUACACAGAUUCCAGCAAAGUGGUGGUUGGAUUAAAGCUCUGCUUGAGGAAUCUGAGAAUGAGAGGAUGCAUCUGAUGACAAUGGUGGAGCUUGUGAAGCCAAAAUGGUACGAGAGCUUGCAGUGCAGGGAGUGUUCUUUGUUGUUUAUAUGCUUUCUCCCAAAUUGGCUCACAGAAUUACUGGGUAUUUGGAGGAAGAAGCUGUACAUUCGUAUACAGAGCUUAUAGAAGAGUGAUAUCAAUAAGGGUCAAACUGAAAAUGUUGCAGCUCCUGCUAUUGCAAUAGAUUACUGGAGGCUGCCGAAGGAUGCAACUUUGCUGGAUGUUUUAAUAGUGAUCCGUGUUGAUGAAGCUCAUCAUCGUGAUGUUAAUCACUUUGCUUCUGUGAUUAUCACUUGCUCAUCCUUUGAUUCCCUUUUUUUUUAUUGUUCUACAUAAUUUUUUGUUCAGACAGGAAGAUCAUACAAUUCA